ACCGGCGGUGAACCGUGAGGGGAGGGCGGUGCCGCGGCUUCCCUUCCCUCCCCGUGUUGCUCGGCGGGGGCUGCAUUGGAAUUUGAGGUGGAAGCCCUUUGGAGGAGGGAGGACAGCAGUGCUGGAGUCCCCCAGGCAGGUGUGCAGGGCAGAGCACGAUGCCUUUCCUGCAUGGCUUCCGCAGGAUCGUCCUGGAGUACCAGCCCCUGGUGGAUGAGCUCCUGGGGCUGCUGGCCACGCCUGACACAGAAAAACAGAGCUCCCUGGAGAGCCCUGCCUGCCUGGACAGUGACAGGAGCCAGCUCUCAGCUGUGAGAAGAGUCCUGGAGAGGGAGACCCACUCCCCGUUUUAUCAGGAGGGUGUGAGCUAUGCCCUGCUGAAGGUCACCGAGCUGGGGCUCGUCCCUGCUGCAGAAAUCCUCCUGGAAUUUGGUGCUGACCUCAGCUUUGAAGACCCAGUCACCUACUACACGCCCCUGCACAUGGCGGUGCUGCGGAACCAGCCGGACGCGGUGGAGCUGCUGGUGCAGCACGGCGCCGACAUCAACCGCAGAGACCGGAUCCACGAGAGCAGUCCCCUGGACCUGGCCAGCGAGGAGCCCGAGCGGUUGCCGUGCCUGCGGCGGCUGCUGCAGCUGGGGGCCGACGUCAAUGCUGCUGACAAGAACGGGAAGACUGCACUGCUGCAUGCCCUGGCUAGCAGUGACAGUGGCCAGAUCCACAACACCGACAGCAUCCGUCUCCUGCUGGAAGGAGGCGCAGAUGUCAGGGCUGCCACCAAAGAUGGUGACACUGUCUUCACCUAUGUCAUCUACCUGCUGGGAGAGAUGGCGUACAGCUACACCGAGGAGGAGGCUGAGGACAUCGAGCGCUUCUGCUUCCGUGUCACGCAGCUGCUGCUGGCCCACGGUGCCAACCCCAGCGAGUGCCCAGCCUCAGAGUCCCUCACACACUUCUGCUUAAAAAGCUUCAAAGACUACUUCCCACUGCUGCGGUUCUUGCUGGAGUCAGGUGCUGCCUACAACUGCUCCCUCCAUGGUCCCUCCUGCUGGUCCGGCUUCCACAUCGCCUUUGAGCAUCUCUGCUGGCACCUCAGUCGCUUCGAUGAUGAAACCUAUUCCUCAGACCUCAUCCAGAAAGGUCAGACUCUGCUGGAGCUCAUGAUGGCCAGUUCACAAGCCAUCCAGCUGCCCAGAAAUUUUGAGGUCAACACCAGCAGCUGCAGGUUCCAUGGGGAGAAGGUCCAGACUCUGUUCUGCUCUCUAAAGCAGCUGGAGCGCUCGCCACAGGCACUGAAGCACCUCUGCAGGGUGUUCAUCCGGCAGCGCCUGAAACCGUGGCCAGUGAGUGACAAAAUCAAGGCUCUGCCUCUCCCAGACCGGCUGAAGUGGUACCUCCUCAUCGACCACACUGCUGCUGGGCACGAGGACCUGUGAGCCUGACAGUGCCUCUCUGUCUGCUCCCUCCACAGCCCUGCUGUGCCUACUGCCACCAUAUCUCUGCUCUGAGACAGUUUUCUCUGCAGCAAGAGGUGCUGCCCAUGGAGUCCCUCUCUAGGGCAUUCUGGGGUGGUUUCUUGGGUACAAUGUCACACGUGUGUUUGUAAGGGUCUCAUUGCUCUGGGGCACAUCAUGGGGAGGCAGGCAGAGCUCCUGGGCAUGGGGGAGCUGGAUACUGGGGCUGGUUUGGAGGGAGAUUAAGCAAAGGCCUGGGGACAGAUCACUGGGUUGGGGGCUGUGACUGGACAAGGCAGCCUGUCCCCUCUCUCCCAGCCCUGCCAUGGGUGGUGCAGUGCCUUAGGUGUCCAGUGGAGUUGAGAGAUGCCUCGGGGUGCUGGGAGAAGGAAGAGGUGUUCUGGCUUUCCUGCCUCUGGUCCUGGUGGUGGAAGCAGGUUUGGCAUCAUCCUGUGGCUGUGGAUGCCUUCCUUGCUCAGUGUGGACUUCUGACACCAGGGCAGUGAAGGGAAACGGGGCUGGCAGCAGUACCUGACUGCUCUGUGCCCUCCGAGUUUCUGCACCCCAUCCUA